GGUGCUUGUUUGACAGCCCAACACAGUUGGCACAACCUCAUCCAGAGAGAGAGAGAGAGGGUAAUGAGAGAGAGAGGGAGCAAGAGGACAGGGUAAGUUCGGAGAGAAGGAAAAGAAGUAGGAACUCUCAACUCCUUGACUCCAGACACUCAUCUUUGGAAGAUCUUGGAACGAAAAAAGCAAGCCUGGCAUGAGAGCUAUUACUACUAAAUGCAUCUGAAUUGUUGCCCUCCUUUACCUCCUUGUCCUUUGGUUUCUCUCUCUCUCUCUCUCUCUCUCUGGCACAGGCCAGGCAGGACAGCACACAGGCUUUUUCUGGGUGGAAAAAAACAUCUGUGUCCAUCCCUUAUACCUGCUGUACAGGAGGAAACCCCACAGGACCUCCAUAUUUUACAUCUUCUGCCUUCAACUGACAAUCAUGACCUUGCUGGCCUCUGAGAGGUCGCUGCUCAUCCGGAGCAAAUUCCGCUCAGUUCUGCAGUUGCGAAUACAGAAUCGCAGACAACAGAAAGAGCUAAAUGCUGACUCUGAAGGUGUGAAGGCCUCCUGCUCUGACAAAGUAGGGGAGAAAGAGGCCAAUAGCACUGGGCGUCAGACAGUGGAUGGCACCACUCUGAAGUCGCCCCCUAGUGCUCUGACUGCUGAAACUGCACAAGACAAGGCUAGUGGUGGUGCUCAGAGACAGAAGAAGGCUCGUCUGGUUGAGAAUGUCAGUGAGAAGAUCCAGAGGCGAUCUGGGUCCACUGAGCUACUUCAGAAACACACUGCACCAUUAGAAAACACUUCUGUUUCCUUUUCCUUACCCUCAGAUGUCUUCGAAGAUGACAUCUCAUCAUGUUCCUCUGCGUCUCCCGAGCAACUCGGGACACACCAAUCCCCCAGCUUCUCCUCAUCACCUGGGCUGAGCAAUGACCAGUCACUGAGUGAUGUGUCACCUGUUGCCAUGCCCAUCAACCACAGCCCAAAAAAUGUUCAGCAGUGCGGUUCAGCUUUGCUCCCAGGAACUGAGGGCAUCACGGAUUCAGUGACCAUGACGUUGGCAGGGUCAAACUCCAUGGCGAUGACUGGGAGACCCAAAGGAGUGUAUGUGCCCUCUCAGAUGUCACUGCUGCCAAAGACAGCUCAAUGCCUAACCCCGCCUACUCAUUCCAUUCUUGGAGGGUCUUUAUCCUCGCCACGCCCUCCACGGCCACGGAAACCUCGUGACUGUAAGCCCAAAAUGAGGAAGCUGAAGUACCACCAAUACAUACCCCCAGACCAAAGGGGCAACACUGGAGGCACUUCUGGGAACAAUUCCCAAAAGAACAGCAACAAUCAAGUUCAGCCAAUCGAUCCUGCAUACUCUCGCCUCCUACACCAGCAGCAGGUUUUCCUGCAACUGCAAAUUCUAAACCAGCAACAACAGCUCACUGUAGCAACGAGUGAAAAUCAGGUAGUGACGCUUUCUGGAGCUGGACCACAAAGUUGCCUUCAGCCUGCUCCCGCGCAAACAAACGCCACCCUCCUGCAAACAAGCUCCACCCACAAGCUAGAAUUACUUCCCCCAAACCUUGAUGACCUUACGGUGUCAGAACUCCGACAGCAGUUACGCAAACGCGGACUCCCGGUCUCUGGCACCAAACCUGCUCUGUUAGAGAGGCUCCGCCCCUUCCAGAUGCCCCAUCCACAGUUAACACCUGCCCCACUUUGCCGGUUGGAAGGGACCCUAGAACCUUCCCAACCCCCUAAUCUAAGCCCGUCUCGUAGCCCUUCACAGAUUUACAUCCAGCCAUCAGCAGUGGUGGAGGAAGGCUUGGCUGGUGCCACCUACUUGACAUCCCCCUCUUCUUCUGCGGGUUCAAGUCCAAACCUGCAGGCCCCCUCACCUCCAGUGCCCUCCAGUGCUCUCUGGAGGUCAGAGCAGGCAGCAGAGGAGCUUACUGUGGAGCUGGAGAUGAGGGAGAGGAUUCGGAGCAGACCCAGAGGAAAAGCUCUUGGUGCAGUCACACAGGCAAGGACAAACACAACUUUACCUUCUUCAAAGUCAAGUGGAUGUUCCCUGCAUCCAUUCCUGCAACAGGAUCCAGGAUGUGCCAGAGGGAAACCAGACACAGAAGGACAGGAAGUGCUGUUUACACAGCAGGUGUUUUCCUGUCAGCCGUGUGAUACUAUCUCCCAGGAUUUUGAGCUACCGAUGCAAAUCACAGCCAGCCCAGAGCAAGCUCUACCCCACACUGAACGCAGUCUGGAGGAACUACUGCAGGAGGCUAUUCAGAGAGUACAGAUGGACCCAAGGGAGUCCAUAGAUGACAUUUUGGAGGAUCCUGUUAGCUGUUCUGGUAACACCAUCACAGAACUCCAGUCAUCCAUUGCCACCCUCUCAGGCUCCUCCCCUGCUUCACCACCUGACCAACUGCAACCUACCCAGCCCAACUUGAAAGACGAAAUUGGCCGCUCAUCUCCACUUUGCUCUUCACUUCUAUUGGAGCUUCCACCCUCUCCUGACCAUGCCCUACCCCUUGCAUCUAACCCUGCUCCCUCCCCUCCUCCUCCUCCCCUCUGCACAACUCCUCCUCUAAGUACUCCCUCCAGAAAGAGGAGGUCCGAUGUGCCUGCAUUUGAUGCUGCUGAUUGGCUGGAAUCCCUGACCUCUGGCCUGCACCCUCUCACGCCUCCCGUGGCACCUUUCGUGGAAAGCGACUUUGCCCUCGAUUCAGACCUGAACAUAAGUAGGGUCCUUGACCUGAUGGUGGAACAGUGGUGAGGGACGUGAAGGUGUGCAUGUGGUGUGUGUGUAUGUGUGUGUGUGUAUAUGUGUGUAUGUGUGAAGGCGUGCGUGCUUGUGUGUGUAAUUGGAUGCUUGACGGGUAAUUAUCCACUGUUCAAAUCUUGUCUCCCUGGAGAGGUGACCCCAUCUCCAUCCUUUCCUUUAAUAUCCAUCCAUCUCUGUCCAGUGAUGUGACCAAACAGAUUCUGCCUGGUGUUGACUGCAACUCUCUACUCCACGCAACGUCGGGAGAGAGAGAGAGAGAGAGAGAGAGAGAGAGAGAGAGAGAGAGAUCAAGUGAGAAAGAAUGCAAUGAAGACAUUACACACAUGUGCAUGUGCACACAUACACCAUACACUUGUAUAUAUCAAACAAAAUAAUUCCUGUAGGCAUACAUACUCCCUCAGCGCCAGACAAAGUGUCGGCAUGGAGAGGGUCAGUGUCUGCAGGCUCUUUAAACAUGUGUCUUCACAGGGAAGGGUAUGCACUCCCUGUGUGUAUGCUUUUCUUUGCUGCUUUCUAGUGUGUGUAUGGGUUCAUACAUACACGUACAUGCUCUUUAUCUUCACUAUCUGCACACUGUAAGGUGCCUAAAGCACCCGAAUGCACUCGUUUCUAUUAGUGUCUGCUGUUGUACAGUUAUUUCCCUGAUUGAACAAAAGAUCUUUCCAUGUUUCUUAAUGUAUGCUUCCAAAUAGCUGCAAUCAUUUUAAGCACUCGCAAGAAGUCAAGAAGCGCAGUGCAACAAUAGGUCCCCUAGAGACACUUGGUUAGAAUGGAAAUGUCUUUAUAUAUCUCGUUGUUCAUUACACCAGGAUGUAAAAACACCUGUCGUGGCUUGGAACUUGAAUCUCUCUCCCUUUUUUCAAAAUCUAUUAUAAAUAGGGUCGUGAGCUAUGACCUCCAAGCAGUGUUCAGCGGAUAACACUAAUUUCUAUUUAGUGAACAUCUCAAAGCUUUUGGUUUCCAGCUCUACCAAGCAAUACAAUUUACUUAAGGGGAAGAUCUUCAACUGUUAUAUCAUCCACAAGUUGAUCUUUCAGCGGCCUUUUGCUUAAUGUAGU